AUGAAGGCUGGACUGGCGCGGGGAGCGCCUCUCCGGAGCGCCGCCGCCGCCGUCCGACACCGACCAUCGCCGCCUACUACCCCGAUCUCAGCGCGGCACCCAGUCCGCUGCUCGAGCAGCAUCUCCCAGCGCCAGGGCGCGAGCCACCUCUCGUUCCCUGGCGCGGUCAAGAGCGCAUUCACCAGCAGCCUCAAGUUCGCGCUGGCCGCCGAGAGCCCUUCACUGCCGACCUACCGCGUCGUCGACCAGGACGGCAAGAUCGUGGACCAGUCGUUCAAGGCCGACCUGAGCGACGAGGAGAUCAUCAAGCUGUACAAAAACAUGCUGCUCAUCUCCAUCAUGGACGUCAUCAUGUUUGAUGCGCAGCGCCAGGGUCGCCUGAGCUUUUAUAUGGUAUCAGCCGGCGAGGAGGCGCUGAGUAUCGGGUCGGCAUCCGUGCUGGAGAAGGAGGACGUUGUGUUCUGUCAGUACCGAGAGCAGGGCGUCUUCAAGCAGAGGGGCUUCGAGCUUAGCGACUUCAUGAACCAGCUGUUCGCCAACAAGAAAGACCCGGGCAAGGGCAGGAAUAUGCCGGUCCACUACGGCAGCAAAGAGCUCAAUAUUCACACCAUAUCUUCGCCCCUGGCGACACAGAUACCGCACGCUUCUGGCGCAGCAUAUGCUCUCAAAAUGCAGCGGAUCAAUGACCCCUCAUUACCACCCCGAGUUGUCGUGGUAUACUUCGGCGAGGGAGCCGCGAGUGAAGGGGACUUCCACGCAGCGCUAAAUAUUGCAGCGACCAGGUCUUGUCCUGUCAUCUUCAUUUGCAGGAACAAUGGCUACGCCAUCUCAACACCGACCUUGGAGCAGUACCGAGGCGAUGGCAUCGCUAGUCGUGGAAUAGGAUACGGCAUUGACACUAUCAGAGUCGACGGGAAUGACAUUUGGGCAGUGAGAGAGGCAACCAAGAAGGCUCGAGAGAUGGCACUUCAGGAUGGUGGGAAACCGAUACUGAUCGAGGCCAUGAGUUACCGUGUCAGCCACCAUAGCACGUCGGAUGACUCAUUUGCAUAUCGAGCAAGGGUGGAGGUGGAGGACUGGAAGCGGAGGGACAACCCUAUUUCCAGGUUACGAAAGUACAUGGAGGCCAAGGGCUUAUGGGACGAGGGCAAAGAGAAGGAGGCCCGAGACAGCACUAGGAGAGACGUGCUCAAGGCAUUUUCCGAGGCCGAGAAGGAGAAGAAGCCACCAAUAAGAGCAAUGUUCGAGGACAUAUGGGAGGAGCUCACACCGGAUCUGAAAGCUCAAAUGAAGCAACUGAGGGAGCAUCUUGACAAAUACCCCGACGAGUACGACCUGGGAGAUUUUGAGGGCGGCAAGAACAGUCUAGACCCGUAG